AUGUGGCACCAAUCUAACAUUCUACCAAAUUAUUGUAGGUUUGAUGACAAAGAAAACGUCAGUGGAAUAAACAAUGUAAAAUCAUCAGUUCAGAAAGCUAUUAGAGCUAAGCUUUUGGAGCAAUUUCCUUACCUGGAAACAUAUUUAGAAGAUAUUCUAUCUAAAAAAGAUUCCUUGAGGGUGGCCAAAUGUCAAGAUCACAUUGAAAUUCUGGUUGGAAAGGAUGGUGAAUAUUUGUUUUUUAGACAAAGGGAAGGACCGUUUUAUCCAACACUCAAGUUAUUGCACAAAUAUCCAUUCAUGGCUCCACCAAUGCAAGUAGAUAAAGGAGCAAUUAAGUUUAUUCUCAGUGGUGCAAACAUCAUGUGCCCUGGUCUCACGUCACCUGGUGCAAAAAUGGCAAAUGUUGAGGCUGAUCAAGUUGUGGCAGUGAUGGCAGAAGGCAAAUCCCAUGCAGUUGCUGUUGGUUUGACAAAAAUGUCUUCAAAAGACAUUCUAAACAUUAACAAAGGGAUAGGCAUUGAAACUGUGCACUUCCUAAAUGAUGGUCUCUGGCACAUGAAGCCUGUCAAAUGA